AUGGCUUCAAAGGGACGAAAAUUAAUAAAAUCGAAAAAAAACGCAAAGGAGAUCCAAAAAGAUUCGGAUUGUACUGAAUUUGAUCCGAGCCUUUUACCUCUUCCAUCAUCAUCGACUAAGCAGGCUACACAACGUCUUUAUCGAGAAUUGAGACUAAUUGUGCAUAAACAGGACACUUCUUCUAAUGACUUGGGUUUUUAUGUAAAGCUUGAUCAAUUGCAGUCUAUUUAUCAAUGGGUUGUUCAACUUAAACAUUUUGAUCCAUCUAUUCCAUUGGCCCAAGAUAUGGCACGACAUAAUGUAGAAUGCAUUGAACUUGAAGUUCGGUUUGCUCCUGAUUUUCCAAAUUUGCCUCCCUAUAUUCGUGUCCUUCGACCAAGACUUUUGAGAUUUAUGAAUGGCGGUGGUGGUCAUGUAACAGCAGGUGGAUCCGUUUGUAUGGAAUUGUUAACAUUGGGUAAUUCUCAUGACCGAGGUUGGUAUCCAGAAUACACAAUGGAAGCAGUAUUAUUACAGGUAAAAUUAGCAUUAAGUUCUUUGAAUCCACCGGCAAGACUUGAUCAUGAUUGGAGAAGAGACUAUAAUGCACGAGAGGCAAUGGACGGCUAUAUUAGAUCUGCUAAUCUUCACGGAUGGGGCAUUCCACCUCAUUGGACUACUUUAUUCAAGC